UUGACGCUGGGAUUACGUAUGCGGAAUGUCAUGGUUUUGUGGAGCAUUCAUUCGUUCGCACCGCAUUGGCAUUGGGAAACGAAGAAAAGAAGGCCGCUCUCUUUCUUGAAGCUACCUAUAGGGUUAGAAUGGGCGGUGGGAUUGAUCCAUGGCGGCGGUGCGCGGGAGCUGGAGGUCAGUGUAGGUGAUUUUCUUCCUUCAAUCCUUGCUGCUGGAUCUAGGCGCAAGAGUUUCGUCGCGAAGAAGCAAGCGAGGUUUCAGUGCUGCUAAGAUUCUAGGAGCUCGUCCUCGUCGAUCGUCUUCGAUGGAGAGAUUUAGAGCUGGGGCCAUGGCGGCAGCGAGAAAUCCAUGGAAGAAGCUGCUCUUGCUGGUACUGCUGCUGGUAUCGCUGCAUUGGAGGUGCUCUGCGACGACGAAUCCCGGCGACCUGGCGGUCUUACAGAGUUUUCUCCAGGGAAUCGACCAGAAAUCAGUGCUUACAAACUGGAAGAACAGCGAUCCUUGCGGGGACCGAUGGAUUCACAUCAAAUGCACUGGCGCGGCCGUCACAGCCUUGGAGAUGAACAACCUCCAGCUCGGUGGAACCGUCACUCCCGACAUCAACAAGCUCAGUUCUCUGGAUUCGCUCCAGCUCCAGCAGAAUGGUUUCACGGGAUCGCUCCCAUCUCUCAGCGGAUUAACGUCCCUCUCGCGAGCUUACUUUGGUGGCAAUUCCUUCGACACAAUCCCGGGCGAUUUCUUCACUGGGCUGACAAACGUGAUGGAGAUUUUCCUCGAGGACAACCACGUCAAUUCUACACAGGGGUGGUCGCUUCCAGCGGACAUCCAACACUGUUCCAAUCUACAGACGCUGUCCAUCACCAACACGACCUUGGGUGGAACAAUCCCAGGUUUUCUCGGUACGAUGAGCAGUCUCAAGAACCUCUACCUGGCCUACAACACUCUCCGGGGUGGCAUUCCGGCAACUUUUGCGGGCUCCAACUUGAUAAAGUUCCAGGCGAACAACCAGCAGGGAAACGAGCCACUUACGGGAUCUAUCGAUCCCGUUGCGAGCAUGCAAUCGCUGACGACGCUCUGGCUUCAUGUCAACCAGUUCUCUGGAGUGAUUCCUCCCGGUCUGGGCAACUUAUCGUCACUGCAAGAUCUCAAGCUCAACGACAAUGAGUUCGUGGGAGUUGUUCCUCAGUCGCUGACGCAGCUGCCGGCUCUCAAGAAUUUCACCAUCAAGGGGAACAUGCUCGUCGGGCCCAUGCCGGAGCUUGGCUUUUCUUACGAUGGCUCCACCAAUGGAUUCUGCCAAGCCACUCCAGGUUUGCCGUGCGAUCCCCGCGUCACAGCUUUACUAGACUUUGCUGGCGCCGCCGACGCGUUUACGUCUCCGUGUAUGACGACAUGGAAAGGCAACGAUCCCUGUAGCUGGACCGGUAUAAACUGUGUCAGGGGGACCGUGACAACGAUACAACUUCCGAAUUGCCAGCUUAACGGCAGCAUCUCCACAGCGCUGGCAAACUUGACGGGUCUCACGGCACUGGAUCUCCGGAACAACCAUAUCUCGGGCUUGCUACCUGCAGCAAUCGUUCAGAUUCCGACGCUGAGAAACCUCAACCUCUUCAGGAACCGCUUGUCUGGGCCGCUGCCACCUUUCCCGAGUGGCUUGCAAGUCAAUGUGGAUGAAAAUCCGCUGACCCCCGUGUCGCCUGCCUCAGGGAGCGGAGCCAGCCCGUCGGGUUCGUCCGGUACUCAGGCUCCAGGUUCUCCGAACGCUCCUUCUGGAGCGGAGCAAAGUACCCGAAGGAAAGUGUCACCGGCGGCGGUUGCUGUGCCAGUUGUAGGCGCUGUGGCGGCAGUGGCUGCUGCUGUCAGCGUCUUCGUGAUGUGUAGAAGAAAGAGGCCUCGGUUCAUGCGGGUACAGAGCUCCAGCGCGAUCGUGGUGCAUCCAAGGGACUCGAGCUUCGAGAGAGAAACAGUGAAGUUGCCAACGAGUGUUGCUAAGGAAGGACACAGCGGGCCGAGUGAGGUGCGGGUAGAGACUGGCAACCUGGUUAUCUCCAUCCAUGUUCUACGCAAGGCAACAAACGGUUUCAGUGAGAACAGCAUUCUAGGCAGAGGUGGCUUUGGCGUCGUCUACAAGGGGGAACUUGACGAUGGAACAAAGAUUGCGGUGAAGCGGAUGGAGUCAGCGGUGGUGAAUAACAAGGGACUUAGUGAAUUCCAGGCAGAAAUCCAGGUCCUCACCAAAGUCAGGCAUCGCCAUCUCGUGGCACUGCUCGGCUAUUGCAUAGAUGGCAACGAGAAGCUCUUAGUGUACGAGUACAUGCCACAGGGAACACUGAGCCAGCACCUCUUCGAGUUUGCAAAGCAUGGCUAUCAUCACCUUACGUGGAAGCACCGGUUAUCGAUUGCGUUGGACGUGGCCAGAGGGAUCGAGUACCUUCACGGGUUGGCGCACAAGAGUUUCAUCCACAGGGACUUGAAGCCGUCAAAUAUUCUACUCGACGACACUUUGCACGCCAAAGUCGCGGAUUUUGGACUGGUGAAGCUUGCACCAGAGGGAAAGGUCUCUGUGGAGACGAGGCUGGCGGGCACAUUUGGCUACCUUGCGCCAGAGUAUGCAGUGACGGGGCGGGUGACUACGAAGGUGGACGUUUACAGCUUUGGAGUAAUUCUGAUGGAGCUUAUCACCGGUCGACAAGCUUUGGACACAAGCCGCUCGGAGGAGACGAUGCACUUGCCAACUUGGUUCAAGCGCAUGAGAGUAAACCGGGAAACCUUCAGGAGCUCUCUGGAUCCCGUCCUGGAGGUGACGGACGAAGAGUUUGAGAGCAUCUGUAGCGUUGCGGAGCUCGCGGGCUAUUGCACAAUGCGAGAGCCGUAUCAGAGGCCCGACAUGAGCCAUGCCGUCAACGUGUUAGCUCCAAUGGUGGAGAGGUGGAAGCCGUCAAUGGAUUUCGAUGCCGAAGAGGGUGGUAUAGACCUGGGAUUGAGCCUGUCGGAGGCGUUGAGGAGAUGGCAAGAAUCAGAGACAGGAAUGGACGAGACGCGGACGAGCCUUCCAACUCGGCCUCCUGGCUUUGCGGAUUCAUUCUCUUCCACGGACGUGCGGUAGAAAGUCUGGUUCGCAACGACAUCUAUCAGCUAGAAAGAAGAUAUUGGAUUCAACGAAAAAAAUGGCAACAAAAACUGGGAAGAGAUGGGAAAAGGAAGAAAGAAAGAAUUGAUCAACGCGGACAUGGCCGGGCGGAGCUCAACUAUUUGGUGACAAGCUUGUGCUGCUGCUGCUGGUGUUGGCGGACAGGAUCUCGUUGACAGCGGCUGACGAGUCGAACAUGUCGGGAAUCCAGUCAAAGGCUCCAUGAUUUGCGACUUUUUUAUCGUUAGAAUCGUCAACAUUGGAAAGAUGCCAGUGAAUUCCGCUGCAAGAGCUUGGAGACGAUGGCCCUCCUGUCAGCUGGCUUGGGCUUGA